GAAGGAAACAAGCUGACAGAGAGAUGGAGUCAGUGGAGGAGAACAUGAAGAGAACAUGUUCCACAUUCGGGACAUAUUCUGACCAACUAGAACACGCCAUGUUGUUCAUGUUUGUUUACAUCGAUAAAGAUCAGUCAUUGGUCUUCAUUCAGUGUGACCCAGCCAUAAACUGAGACCUGAACCUGAACCUGAACCUGGACCUGGACCUGGACCUGGACCGGUCCCUCCCAUCUCCACCCACUGAUAAGACCAAGCAUCAACCUUUGAGCCAACAGCUGAUAACCAGCUGAGCUCAAGGUUUGUUUGCUUCAGCUGAAACACAGAAGCAGCAUCGGAUCCAGACCAGCUCAGAACCACGAUGUGAAGACGGAUCCAGAGAAGAAACGGUUCUCAGUCCUUCAUCCAUGAUCCAGAGAGACUACAGACAGAAUCUAGACACAGAUUCCACCAAGUCCAGCCAGGUUCUGUAGGUUUUGCCGGGUCCAGUACAGCUCUGCAGGUUCCUGGGGUUCUGUCAGGGUUCUGCAGGCUCUAUGAGAUUCAGCUGGACUCUGGAGUUCUGGAGGUGGACAGAGGCUCAGUAGAACCAGGAUGAAGAGGCAUACCCCGUCAGGUCUAACCAGUCUGAGGAAUCCUGGACCAGAACUGAAGAUGAUGGACAGAACCAACACCAUCCAGUCCUCCGGUUCUCCUCAGACCUCCGGUUCUCCACAGACCUCCGGUUCUCCUCAGAUCUCCAGUUCUCCUCAGGGGUCCAGGUCCUCGGCUUCGGCAGCAGUUAAGUCUACAGCUUGGUGGAUGUCAUACUCGUGCAGUCGAUGGAAACAGAGAAGACAAAAGUUAACAGGUGUUCAGCUGGAGACCAGGUACAGCGGUCUGACUGAGGAGGACGAAGGUGAUGAAGACAAGAGAGAUGAAACUGACACCUCAAACAAGAAGCAGAAACUCAAUAAACAACUCUUGGAUCACUUCAGACACCUGGCUGCAACUGACCAAGACACUGACCAGGUGGACCUUCAGUUCCUCGAUGAGGUCAUCUCAGAUGGUGCCAAUCCAAACAGUUCAGACAGAUUUGGACAAACAGUCCUGCAUGAGAUCUCCAGGGCGUGGAACGUGGAUGUGAUGCGGUUCUUCUUGGACCGCGGUUCCGACCUCCAUCGCCCGGAUCAGUUUGGAGUCACAGCACUGCACGUGGCGGCGGCGCUGGACUACCAGGACAUGGUUCAGUUCCUGCUGGACCACAAAGCUGACCUGGAGGCUCGGACUCACCUGGACCAGCAGACGCCGCUUCACUACGCUGCCAAGAACGAUGCCGUUGGAGCCAUCAGGCUGCUGCUGCGGGCUGGAGCCAUCAUCGGGUCCACCGACUACAAACUGAGGACGCCGCUGCAGCUCGCAGCCAACCUCGGGCGCAGUGAUGCAGCUCGCCUGUUGCUGGAGCUCGGGGCGGAUGCAGGGGUGAAGGAUGCUGACGGACAGCUCUGUAUAACUGCUCUGAUUGGUCAGAUGACUUCAGUGGCUCAGCUGGCGCUCAGUCAGUUCCAGGUGAAAGACAGAAUCACCAGACAGCAGUACUUCUACCUGAACCUGCUGGAACCAGAGCCACCAGCAGAACACUCUGAGGAGCACCUGCAAGAAGCUGUGGUCAAUGAGCCCACGUCUCCACUGCAGGUGGUGGUCCAGGAAGGGAAGCUUGACCUGAUCAUGAACCCUGUCUUCCUCAAACUGAUCCAGGUCAAAUGGAAACUCUACGGCAGAUUAGGGGCGUGGCUUCUCCUUUUCUCAACUUUCUGUUCAACGUUUCCUGGACAACUGUGGCCAUUUCUGUGUCCGUCCCGCCGAGACUCACCUCAUCGCUAUGUCCUCCCCCAGGACUGGUGGCGUGCUGAUGGUCCAUUCAUCGUCAUGUUGGGGAACAUCACUGGCGACGUGAUGCGUUUCCUGUUCCUCUACACUGAGAUCUUCAUCCCAUACGCCUGCAGCUUCUGGAUCAUCUUUGGAGGUCAGAGAUUUCCCUGUGAGGAUCGUAAUCAGCUCCUCCUCAGUCCCAGCAUGCAGUCUGUCUCUGGCCUCCUCUACAGUCUGUAUCGCAUCACGCUGGUGGACGAAUACGAAUACGCUGCCAUGGUAACGGUGGAUGAUGUCAUGGCGCCGCUUCUCUGUGGGACGUUUCUGGCUGCUUCCUCCAUCCUGUGUGUCAACCUGCUGAUCGCUCUGCUGACGGACACCUUCCAGAGGGUCCAUGAUAAUUCCCAGGCUAACGCUGUCAUGCAGCAGGCUGCCGUCAUCCUGCAGGUGGAGGACUCCAUACCCCUCCUUCAUCAUUUCUAUGACAAACGGUUUGUGUCCAAUCACUGCUCUCCCGCUGGUCGCCGCCUGCGAUAAUGACAUCACAACGUUCCCUCGUUACCAUGACGAGAUGGGAUCAUCACGGCCGAGAUCAAGGACACUCUGGACCGUUUCCUGGUCCUUCAGAGGGAUGCAGAGACACUCCGAGGUUCUGGAGUCCACAUAGGCCAGGUGCUUCAGAAGCAGGUCCAGAACCAGGACCUUCAAAAACCAGGACCUUCAAAACCAGGAGCUUCAGAACCAGGAACUCCAGAAUCAGGAGCUUCAGAACCAGGUCCAGAACCUUCAGAACCAGGAGCUUCAGAAGCAGGUCCAGAACCAGGACCUUCAAAACCAGGAGCUUCAGAACCAGGAGCUUCAGGACAUCCGAGCAGAGCUGAGGGAGCUCCGGACUCUGGUCCAGCAGUUGGUUGGGACCAGAACCGACGGGUUUUAAGACUUUAAAUCUUCAUGUUUCAUUAAAAUCACUUCUUUCUUCAGCUCUUGUCCAAAAAUAAAGUUUGUUUGAAGCAGAUUCAGUGAAAACAAUCAACUGGAUGAAUAAAAAACGCAGCAGAAACAGAGAACAGAGGAGCUACAGGUGGAGAUCCAUCCAGCAUGGAGGAACAUCUUCACCUGAGGAGCAGAGUAGAGAGGAAACAUCUGGAAACAUCUGGAGGUAGAAGAACAUCUGCAGGAUGAGGAGACAUCAGGGUUUAAACAUGCUGGACACAAAGAUUGUUGUAUUUCAGUUAAAGUACAUUUGGUUCUGUAGUUAUGUUGCAUGACGUUCUCUGGAUCACUCAGGAACAGCAGAGAAAGAAGAGAAGCUGUGACAGGAGCAGCCUGCUGUGCUGCAGCGCCCCCUGCUGCCUCCAGCUGCUCAUAAACCAGACACGUUCUGUUCUCCCAGAUACGAAAGAACAUACUGACCAUGUUCUGUCAUUAAUUAUUCCGUCAUCAUGUGUCAGUUUUCCUUUAUGUUGGUUUGACAAUAAAACUUUUAAAACAAAA